UAGUAGGAUAGGGUCAGCACGAAACCGAGCCCAGUACGGCUUUACUCCUGCUCCGUCGCUUAUUAUAACCCUUCUCAUGCUAAUGGCGACUCGCUUUUCUCUAUCUCGUUCAGCUCACUUUUGCUUAAAAACCCCUGCUUUCUCCCGUCCAACAACAAAAAACUUACUUCAGUGCCGUUCCUGUCCCCUUUGGUCCUCCUCUUUCGCACUCUGUCUUCACACUCUCCCCAAGUCAACACCCCCUUCUCCUCAUCACCGUCGCAAAACCAUCGCCGUCAGAUCGUUUUGUCCGGCGCCGGGAUCAAUUUCCGAUCAUCCUACUAAAAUGUCGACUACUACUUCCGAUGACAAUCCUCUGUUGAAGGACUUCUAUUUCCCACCCUUCGAUUCAAUCGAGGCCAAGCACGUUCGUCCUGGAAUUCGUGCUUUGCUCAAACAAGUCGAUGAGGAUUUAGAAGCUUUGGAGAAGACGGUGGAGCCCACCUGGCCGAAGCUGGUGGAGCCGUUGGAGAAGAUAGUUGAUAGAUUGACGGUUGUUUGGGGUGCCGUGAAUCAUCUUAAGUCUGUUAAAGAUAAUCCUGAUCUUCGUUCCGCUAUUGAAGAAGUUCAGCCGGAAAAAGUUGCUUUUUCGCUUAAAUUGGGUCAGAGCAAGCCAAUCUAUAAUGCAUUCAAAGCCAUACGGGAGUCUCCUGAUUGGGAGUCUUUGAGUGAUGCUCGUAAACGAAUAGUUGACUCGCAAAUAAAGGAGGCUGUACUAAGUGGUAUCGCCCUUGAGGAUGAUAAAAGAGAGCAAUUUAACAAGAUUGAACAGGAAUUAGCAAAGCUAUCUCAGAAAUUUGGGGAGAAUGUUUUGGAUGCCACCAAGAAGUUCGAAAAAUUAAUAACUGAUAAGAAAGAUAUUGAGGGAUUGCCUGCCACAUCUCUUGGUUUGGCUGCACAGACAGCAGUGUCUACGGGGCACGAAAAAGCUACUGCAGAAGAUGGGCCAUGGAUAAUCACAUUGGAUGCACCAAGUUAUAUGGCUGUCAUGCAGCACGCAAAGAAUAGAACUCUAAGAGAGGAGGUUUACCGUGCGUAUAUAAACCGUGCUUCUGAUGGAGACCUUGAUAACACUGGGAUAAUUGACCAAAUUCUUAAGCUUAGGUUGGAAAAGGCUAAGCUCCUUGGAUACAAUAACUAUGCCGAGGUAAGCAUGGCAAUGAAAAUGGCCACUGUUGAUAAAGCUGAAGAGCUUUUAGAAAAGCUUCGCAGUGCUUCUUGGGAUCCUGCAGUCAAAGAUUUGGAAGACCUGAAAGAGUUUUGUAAAAGUCAAGGUGCUCCAGAA